CUGCUCGGCGCGCUCGGUGCGGUCGAUCGAAUCGCGGCGGAGACUCGCACAACGUGAAGAGUGCGCCGAUGCGUCCGACGACCACGAGAGACGUCGAUGACUCUCCGUUUCCUCGACCGUCCCCGCUAAAACUGUCGAUCGCCGCUCCACGAGGAAGCAGGUGUUGCACAAAAGGUCUACGCCGUUUGAAUGAUGAAACUACUUGCAGGCGUAGAGGAGGUUAGCGACCACUGUGAAAAAGAGACCAAUAAUGGCCAACUGCACAACAAUAAUAGUCAUGAAAAGCAAUCUACAACAGAAUUGGCGCAAGAAGCGAGCAAGCCGCUCGUCAACAAGGUAUGCGGCGAUUCGACAGUCAAGAGGGAUGUCCCACCAGAGGAGGAAAACAAGUUGAGACGUUUGCUACGGUUCGAGGAGGCGCCUGAAUUUCUUCAGCACAAUCCCUACAUACUGCGCGGUUACCGAGGCUGCUUGACCACCAAAUUGUGCCUCGAGAGCAUAUUUUGGUGGACAAACGAAACCGUCAAUAUAUGGAGUCACAUUUUUGGCUGGAUGCUCUUCUUCGGUCUGACCCUAUACGAUCUCUGUCUACUGAACAUUCACGCGCCGUUCAGCGACAAAUUGAUCGUGUCUUUGCUGCUUCUUUGCUUUCAGAUAUGCAUGAUCCUGUCGUCCGUGUAUCACACGUUCUCGUGUCGAAGCGAGAAGGAUUACUGGUGCUUCCUAUCUUUCGACUUAUUCGGCAUUGCUCUGAGCAUGCUGUCGAUAUACAUGUCGGGGGUCUACUAUGCCUUUUGGUGUCACAAGGAGCUGCAGCGGUUUUACCUCACGACCGUGCUCGCGAUCUUCAUUUUCGCGAUGAUACUGCAAAUACCGAAGCUGAACAUCAACAGCAACAUUAAGCUAGCCGUAUUCGUGAGCUGGGCGAUAUAUGGCGUGCUGCCAACGCUGCAUUGGACCUUCGCGAUGGGUGGCUUGGAUAACCCGAUCGUUAAAAUGCUCAUUCCGAGGGUGAUAGGAAUGUACAUUAUUAACGCUAUCGCAUUCGCGUUCUAUAUGCUCAAAAUACCCGAACGUUUUUACCCAGGCUGGGUGGACUACGUCGGCUCGUCGCAUCAAUGGUGGCACGCGCUGGUCGUGCUAGCCCUCUAUUAUUGGCACAACACCGGAAUGCUUUACGUGGAAUACAGAAUGAAUCACGGAUGUCCGAGCAGUAUGACAUUAUGACAUACGGAUUCCGACGGCCAACCAGAAUCCGUCCUCGCCAUGGAUUGCUCCUGCAUGAUGAAGACGGGUGCUUGGUCGUUGGAGGUCGCGGAACCGCCGUUUUAUAGUAUCUUGAAGAAUAUGUCCUGCGAGAUACAAAAUCCAUUGCGUGUGUACGCGCAUCGAUAGUCGUCGACACCUUUAGGAAAUAUACGUUGCGACGUUCUGGAGAGAGACUCGCUGUGGAUGUAUAUUUAAUCCACGAAGUUCCGCAACUCUAUUUAUAUUUAUUCGAUAUCACUAUUUCUUAUCGAUAUCACUAUUUAUAUUCGUCUCGCGUUGACAGCUAGUUUCAUUCUAAAUAUUCUCUUUCUUUCCUUUUCUUUCUAUCUUUAAUUCUAGCAGGACUAAAAAUAAAUAAAUUAAUAAAAUAUAUUAAACUUUUUAAUAUCGCUGUAGAAAUGCGCUCGUUGAAUUUAAUUCCGGACUGAAAAAUUUUUUAGAUUUAUGGAUAAACGUAGCCAACUAAGUUUAUUCGCAAAGAACAAAUUUUUUGCAAAUGUAACAACGAUACAAACAACUGAUUAUGUAAAAAUAUUUCGUAACAAUUUCCUGCUGGAAUUAAAAAAAACAGUCUUUCGCUUUCAGAAAUCUAGUUAGAGUUGUUUCUUCUUACGUUCCAAUGAGACUGGGGAUUGCAAAUUGUUCGAUGUAGAGUUAUGUAGACUAUAAUAAGUCCUAACGCCUUGCGCGACAGUUCUUUAUGAAUGAUCAGCUAGAAAUAUUCUAAACAACAUAUGUAUGCUCAAAAUCGGAACAUAAGACAUCUGAUCCGAUUUUGGAUAUGCGUGCUGUUUGGAAUUGUGUUAUGAUUUUUUUAUCUCUGGUGCAAAAAGAGUGCCUUUUGUCGUUUUACUUCUAGCUUAUAAACACGAUAUUAGAAAUCUCGAGUCAUGGGUUACUUCUGACGUAAAAGUCUUUCCUUCAUUUUGUUGAUGAAAGACUGCCGAUGGCAAUGUUAACGAGAUAUCGGCGAUUGAUUAAUCAAAGCGCGCCGUGACAUUGAUAGUUGCUUUUGCAACACGGUCAAAGACGGGAUAUAUUGGGUAACUUUGCUAAUUUCCAUUACUCGCAGCGCACUUUUAUGCGCAUGUUUUGUAAUGUAGAAAGGGGUCUUAUACAUACCAAACGAUAUCGAAAUUAAUAUAUACAUAUAUUAUUACUUGACUGAUUCCAGUAUACAUAUACACGCCGCAUCUUCGAGCGGUCCUUAUACAAUACACAAUAUUGCAAUAUAAAUAAAUAGUUAGGUGAUAAUAAUUUGUAUAACGUUGUGAAACAAUAUUGUUCCCUAGAUCGUUGUUAAGAAAAAUAAAUAUUUUAUGUAUAAA